CUCCGCGAUUCGUCCCGUGUUGAGUGCACAACCAGCGAGUAGUGAGUUUUCCGAGGAACUUUUUAGUCAUUCGCGGCGGCAUCAAGAGCUUAGUGGUCGAGUGUAGUUUGUGGUGCGAGAGUUAUCGAACGGUUGCUAGCAAAAUGGCGUCAAUACUGCGAAAAUCUAGCCUGGUUCUGGCCGAUCUGGCUGCCAAAUCAUCACCCCGGGUUUUGGGAAGUGCUGGUCAGAGACGCCACCUAAAUGUACAGGAGCAUGUGUCGUACACCUUCCUGAAUGAGGCCGGCAUUCCAACGCCCAAAUUCGGCGUGGCAGCUUCCUCUCAGGAUGCUGAGAAGAUCGCCAAGGGACUCAACACCAAGAACCUGGUUCUCAAGGCACAGGUUCUGGCCGGUGGCCGUGGCAAGGGUACCUUCAAAAAUGGUCUCAAGGGAGGAGUACGAGUGGUGUUCUCGCCACAGGAAGCGAGAGACAUUUCCGGCAAAAUGAUCAAACAACUGCUGGUGACCAAGCAAACCGGUGCCGCCGGUCGCAUCUGCAACACGGUGAUGGUAGCCGAACGUAAGUUCCCACGCCGCGAGUUCUACUUUGCCGUCAUGAUGGAGCGUGCCUUUAACGGUCCAGUUCUGAUCGCCUCCUCUCAGGGUGGUGUCAACAUUGAGGAAGUGGCUGCCGAGAAUCCGGAUGCCAUCGUCUACGAACCCAUCGACAUCAAAGCCGGUCUGCAGAAGGCUCAGGCUUUAGCCAUCGCCAAGAAAGUUGGUCUGGAGGAUCACGCUGAUGAGACGGCCAAGAUGCUGCUAAACAUGUACGAUCUCUUUGUCAAGAAAGAUGCCUUGCUGAUUGAAAUCAACCCCUAUGCUGAAGAUGCUGGUGAAACUUACUUCGCGCUGGACGCCAAGAUGCGUUUCGACGAUAAUGCCGAAUUCCGCCAGAAGGACCUGUUUGCCAAGCGCGAUCUUUCGCAGGAGGACAGCAAGGAAGUCGAAGCUUCCAAGUUCGAUCUGAACUACAUCGCCCUGGACGGUUCGAUUGGUUGCCUGGUGAACGGUGCCGGUUUGGCCAUGGCCACGAUGGACAUCAUCAAGCUGCACGGUGGCGAUCCAGCCAACUUCUUGGACGUUGGCGGCGGUGCUAGCGUGAAGGCCGUCAAGGAGGCAUUCAGGAUUAUCACGUCCGAUCCGAAGGUGCAUGCUAUUUUGGUUAACAUUUUCGGUGGUAUUAUGAGGUGCGAUGUCAUCGCCGAGGGUAUUAUUCAGGCAACCAAGGAACUCAACAUCAAGAUGCCGAUCAUUGUGAGAUUACAGGGAACGAACGUCAACGAGGCCAAGGAGCUUAUCAAGAAGUCCAAGCUACGUAUCCUGCCCAAGGACGAUCUGGACGAGGCCGCCAUGCUGUCCGUCCAUCUGGCACAGAUUGUACAUCUGGCCCGUGAGGCCCAUCUGGACGUUAGCUUCGAACUGCCCGAAAGUUACAUUCAGUAAAAAUGCUCUAGCGUAGUCGAACAAGUAACGUAAUUUAUUUGCUACUCUGUGUUCCUUUCCCAAAUGCCCUCAAUUUCCUUAUCCCGAAGUCAUUGUUUCGAGCAAAAAUUAAACAGCAAAAUUUGCAGAGCAGAAAACACCUGUGUUGAGUCCUUUGGCAUAGCACAGUAGUUAUUAUAUCUCAAAUAGGUAGUUUUAUUUUCGUGCAUCGUAGUUAACUUAUUUCAAGUUUAACCAUAAACACGUUACGUUUGUUUUCAGUUAGCUAGUUAAUUAGGAAUGUUUAUUGAACUAAUCGAUAAUGGCAGCCCACUACGCUGUUUUACAUGUGUUGAAAUUAUUCUAGAAAUCCAGUUUCCUUCGAAGUGAGAAGCUGGAAUCAUCAACUGAAUAGACUUGAAUGUUUUACAAAUCGCAAAAAAAAAAACAUCGCACCGCUAGGUAUAGUCUAACAUUGUUAAAAAGUGCACACAAAUGUCAAGCAUAAUAAACCUACUAUACAGAGCUAGGAAUACCAAUCUAUGCUCGUACAAACCAAAAUAGAAUAACCAACCAUGAACUUUUUUUAAAUCGAGCAAUAUUUUGUUUGUCAAUCUCCCUUUUGUAAGUUCAAAUAGAAAAAAAAUCUUCAACAGGUUACAAUUAAAUCGUAAUAAACGAGGUAGUGCAAUGAACCCACUUUGACUUUUGGUUUCCUUACUGGGUAGACAAUUCUUCUCUAUUUUAAAUUGGCCGAUCUUGAGAUGCAGUAUGGAAACGUGAUUUGAUGACGUGAGAUCGGCUUUCGAUCGAUUUUUGAGCUACUGGCUAUUUGGAAGCGCGCGUAUACAAUGUGUUUUGGAAAUUUUGUAUAUUUAUUUAACUAAGCCAACGUAAAAAAAAAGUGGAUAUCGUAAGAAUAAUUAAAUAAAACCGAAAUAUACAA